UAAGCCUUGGAAUAUUUCUUGAAAAAUCCCCUUAGUUUUACAAGAUGACCAGGAUGUUGUUAAUUAGCCAAUCAUCAAAAGAAAUGGAAACCUUUUAAAAUAAGAAAUAUAGGGACAUUAAGUUUAUUCUGUUCAUAGCUUACGUUGGAUGUAAAGCUAUCAAUCUGAAAAAGAUUUCCACUUUGUACGUUCCAUCCUCCUACUCGGACACAGGGACACCCCUGUUCUCUCCAAAAGCUAAGUCAUCCGAACAGUUGGCUUAUGACACACAGAGUAAAUUUGUCUACGUCGUUGGAUCGUCAAAAUUAAACGUCAUAGACAUAAACGAUGUUGAAAAUCCUCAAAUAAUCUACCACAAAAUGAUGGGAGACUUUGAUCCGACUGAUGUGGAGUUCUGUGGAGAUCACGUCUUUGUCACACUGGACGAUAAUCAAGACAGUGAAAGGGGCCGGGUUGUUGUGUUCACAAAGUUUGACCCUAAAAAGAAAACAAUGGAUACUGUUCUUAAUAUCACAGUUGGACCUCUUCCGGAUAUGGUUCAGCCUUCGUCAGACUGUAGAACUGUGUUGAUAGCCUUAGAGGGAAAGGCAUUUGCAAGGAAUGGUGAAUUGGUCGACCCAGAGGGAGGAGUCGGGCUGCUGAAGUUCCAUGAUUUAUUGAUAUCUGCCUCCAAUUACUCCUAUAAAAGGCUAGAUUUCACCCGUUAUAACGACGGGUGGAACAGCUUGUCGAAGACUGGCGUUCGUUUCAUUUAUAAAGAACAAAACAACAAAUUUUCUCAAGAUUUAGAGCCAGAAUAUAUAUCAUUUAGCAAAGAUGAAAGGAAGGCUUAUAUUUGUCUUCAGGAAAAUAAUGCCAUAGCCGUGGUAGACUUGGGAACAGAAAACAUUACGGCUAUACAUGGACUUGGUUUCAAGAACUGGAGGAAUUCUAAGUUAGAUGCUAGCGAUAAAGACGGAGGGAUAAAUAUCAGACCGCUUCCUGUGUAUGGUAUGUACCAACCUGAUGCAAUCCAUGUAAUAAAAGUGAACGGUGAGGAAUACCUUGUUACAUCCAACGAAGGAGGUGGCAAAGACUACUCUGACUAUAUACUGAACGCUACUGGCUUCUCUGAGGAAAUCCGGGCCAGAGAUGUUUCUAUAUCAGAAAACUCAGAAAUUAAUCAAUGGAUGCUGCAGAACAACAUUAGUAACUUACUGGAUAAUUCAGUAUUAGGAAGGUUAGUGAUAACAACAGAAACCGGGAGGUUACCCGAUGGGUCUUUUGACAAAUUAUACACGUUUGGAGGAAGAGGAUUUUCUAUUUGGAAAGCAGACACAAUGGCCUUAGUGUAUGACAGUGGAAGUGACGUAGAAGAUACCCAUGCACAGGCAAGGCCGGACCUUUUUAACGCACAAUUAAAAGCCGGCAAAAAAAUUAAGAACACAAUCGAUUACCGUUCUGACAACAAGGGUCCUGAAAGCGAGAGUCUUGCUAUCGGUCAUGAUGGAGAUAAAAUCCUCAUUUUCGUUGGACACGAACGUCCAGGAUCUAUAAGUGUGUACUCAGUAAAUGGUGACAUCUCAUCUCCUAAGUUCGAAAGUGUGUUUUGGGAUAUUCCAAACUCAGAACAAACCUGGACUGAAGCUUUUGAACAGAGAAGCAUAAGUGUUAUAGACCCAGAAGAUUUAAAGUACAUAUCAGCGAAGGAAAGUCCAAAUGGUCGCCCUCUUCUGUUGGUAGCAGGUUCCGUUAGUGGAACUCUGUCGAUUCUGGAGGUCAUAGGAUUCAACAUGGUAUCAGCUACUGGGGCUGUAUGAUAAGAGGACUAAAUAAGUCCACAAAAGAUGUGGAUAUAUAUUGGAUAGCUGUCAUUCAUCUCGGCAUAGUAUGGGAUGAUAGCUUUCUAAAGUCCUAGUGAUGCAGAAAUACUACGUUCUAUUAAAUAUUAUUAUGUGUAUUGUUUAUCUAAAUUCAACAAAGUUUUAACAUUAUGUAUUCUGUUAUACGCCUUUCAAUUCAAUAUAAGAGAAUAGAAAAUAAAAUCAAAGAACGAAUU